AAAUGGGAUGACAACGACUGUGAUGAAGAAAAAAAAUUUGUGUGCUACAAUGGCACUGUUGGCGGUUCACCAUCCUAUGUUGUCAGUAAUAUCUCACUUAACUGGAUGGAAGCUCAGAAGUUCUGUCGGAAGUAUUAUUUUGAUCUUGCCAGUGUUCGCAAUCAGAGUGAAAAUGACAGGAUCUCAAUACUUGGAUCUUUUCUGUGGAUUGGCCUUUAUCGAGAAAAACUCUGGUCUGAUGGCAGCACCUCUUUAUUUCGAUACUGGGCAUCUGGUCAACCAACCCUUAGCGAUCAUGAGUGUGUGACUGCAAAUUUUUAUAAUUCUGGAGAAUGGCAUGAUGCACACUGCUCCCUGCCCUACCCUUUCAUCUGCUACAAACCAAUUCCACCCAAUGCAGGAAACUUUGGGCCAUCAGCACAAGAUGAGACCAGUAUCACUCUGCAGUGGGAUAAAAUCAACAACAACAUCAGCUUUGUUCUCCAGUUUAAUGGCACAGAGACAAACAUCAGUGCACCACAAGGAAAUGGACCAAUAAACCACACUGUCUCAUCUCUGUCUGCUGGAACUAAAUAUACAUUCAUUCUCUUUUCUGUGCUCGAUAGCAUCAGAAGCAAUGGAGUACAAAUUACAGCUGUCACUGCUCCUGAAAAUGCAGAGGGCUUUAGCUCCUCAUCACAAAAUGAGAGCAGCAUCACUCUGCAGUGGGAUAAAAGGAACAACAACUACAGCUAUGUUCUCUUCUUCAAUGGUGCGGAAAUAUUCAUUAAUGCGCCACAUGGAGAUGGACCAGUAACUCACACACUCUCAUCUCUGACUGCUGGAACUAAAUACACAUUCCUCCUCACCACGGUGUUUGAGAAUGUCAGGAGCAGAGGAGUACAGCUUUCGGCUGUCACUGCUCCUCAAAAUCCAAGCAACUUUAGACCAUUAAGCCAAGAUGAGACCAGUAUCACUCUGCAGUGGGAUAAAAUCAACAACAACACCAGCUUUGUUCUCCAGUUUAAUGGCACAGAGACAAACAUUGGAGCAACAGACAGAGAUGGACCAUUAACUCACACAGUCACAUCUCUGACGGCUGGAGCUAAAUACACAUUCACCCUCUUCUCUGUGUUUGAGAAUGUCCGAAGCAAUGGAGUCAGCAUCAAUGCUACUACUGGACCAAAUUACAUCGUUGCCUUGGAUAUGAAUCUAAAGACCUAUGGUAGAUUGUCAGACUCAGAAAUACAAGCUUUACUUGCAGAGUGGUUCCUUCAGCAUGGGUUGUUGCCUCAGUUUUCCAUCAAGGUUACAUCUGUUCAGCCAUGAGAUGCGCAGAACUGCUAUUUGUUAUCAAAUAUUUAAAAAUGUAAUUACUGUCUGUUCAGUAUAUCUAUCUAUCAUUAUAUCUAUCUUCUUAAUAAAUUACAUUU